AUGCCUACUGGAUUCGAGGCCGUCGGACUCGCUCUAGCGAUCUUCCCCAUUCUUAUUGAGGCGAUUAAAUUCUACACGAACGAGAAGGACGGCGUGAGUGACACACGCAACUAUCAGCGGCUUCUCAUCCGUAUUUCUCGAGAUCUCGACCGUGAGCAAACCAUCUUCCACAACUCAUGCCAACGCUUCAUGGAAGAUAUUGCAGCACACUGCGGCGUUGGAGAAGAGGAAACGAAGGGUUUCUUAGUUAAUGAGGGCAUUCUCCACCGGGCUUCCGUCCAGCAUUACCUUCAUGCCGUUGAGGAUAUGAACGAGGAGCUGUCGAGGCCUGCAAUUCUCGAUAAAAGGGCACGCCGGCGGCAAUGGAAGAAGAUUAUCCUGGUGCUGAAGAAAGAUUUGAUCACCGAACAACUAACCAAGGCCGAGAAGCUCAAUACAUUCCUCGCCAGACUCACAGAGCAAAAUCAGCCAACAGCUACCAAUCGCCACACUUCUUGUAGGAGCACGAAACACUACAAACGCAUUCGAUCUCACGCGAUUGACCUCUACAAUAUCCUCAAGACCCAAUCCCCCGCCCAUCCUACCUGCAAAUGCGCGCUUCAACCGGAUCAUGUCAAUAUGAGAUCGGAGUUCCGCAGUGCACAAAGUACAGAAAAGGGGCUUUAUUUUCACACAAUAUUUGUGCCAGAGACGGCCUUCAACUCUUCGUCUAACUGGCGCGAGAUUGAAAGCGAGCCAUGGGGGACAAGCGGCCCCGAUCUCUGCCAGGAUCCUGCUAUAUAUAGUGCGCAGGUACAAGUCGCCGUCACCCCUCCGACAAUAUCCCAUGGGAGUUCGGCACCUACGAAUGAACCCGAGAUAUCCAAUCUCUGCGCGUUCGUGACAGGACCUGCUUCAAAAGAUUGGCUCGGACGUAUUGCUAGUCCAAAGGGACAACAACAUCGGAUCCGCGCGAUGGACCAUCAGAAACGACUCCCCGCCUUCGACACGAUCGACAAGGUGUCACUAGGAGAUGUCCUCGGAGAUGAUCGUUUUGGUGAAGAACAACAACUCCGACUUGCAUUGAAAACUAGCCUCGUCCGUGAUGCAACUCCAUACAACAGACUGGCUCACAGACUACUGGAGCAAUCCGAUAUUUCAUUUCUCCGAUCUUCAUACGGAGUAAUUGACUUUGACAACCCUCUCGUCGGACGUACUUUUGGCAAUUCCAGUUACACCAUGACGUCGAUGUCACCGAGCCUCCCCCGACCAAUGAUGCAUGCAUCUAUUCCCUGUCUCUUCUCCCUAGGAAUCGUACUUUUGGAGCUACGCUAUCGAACCCUAUUUGAAGAUCUCAAGACGGACCAAGAACAGACCAUGAUACCCGAAAUCUCCGAUCUUGCGACUGCACGCCGUCUAGCCUAUGAUAUGGUUGGCAGUCCUAACCAUCAAAAUGCCGUGCUGCGGUGUAUUCUAGGUCUGGAUGCGGCUUAUCGGUCACUGACGGAGGCCAAGUUUCAAGAUGAAGUGGAGGAGAAGAUCGUCUUUUUGCUGGCUGAAGAUCUGAAGAUUAAUUGUGCCAAGCCAUCGGUCGAGGCCUGUCUAUGGAAAUGGUUUAACGCUAGCAGUAGAUACAUGCAUAGCUAA